AUGUCAGCGGCUAUCAACAACAGCGAGCAGGCGGACCCGAGAGACGAGACCCUGGCCAGGGUGGAGAUCACUCUGCUGGGCAUCAUCUUCUCCAGCGCCGCCGUCCUGAACGGCGUCCUGCUGCUGGUCCUGUGGCGGCAGCGCAAGCACGUCAGCCGGAUGCGCGUCUUCGUCUUCCACCUGGCCCUGGCCGAUCUGGUGGUCACUUUCUUCCAGGUGUGCCCGCAGCUCAUGUGGGACAUCACGGACAGGUUCGUCGGGCCGGACCUCGUCUGCCGCCUGGUGAAGUACCUGCAGGUUCUGGGCAUGUUCUCGUCCACCUACAUGAUCGUGGCCAUGACGGUGGACCGCUACCAGGCGGUGUGCAACCCCAUGGUCAAGUUCCAGCGGACGCAGCGGCGCGUGAACGCGGCCGUGUGCGCGGCGUGGGGGGUGUCCCUGGUGGGCAGCCUGCCCCAAGUCUUCAUCUUCUCCCAGGUGGAGGUGGCGCCCGGCGUCUUCGACUGCUGGGCCAAGUUCGUCCAGCCGUGGGGGCUCAAGACCUACAUCACGUGGACCACGGCGGUCAUCUUCGUGGUGCCCGUCAUCACGCUCGUCUUCUGCCAAGUGCGCAUCUGCAGGGCCAUCCAGCAGAACCUGCACCGGAAGGUGCGGCGCGGCAUGGCCGGCUCGGCGCCCCCGAGAGCCAGCGGCGCGGCCGGCAUGUCCAAAGCCAGAGUGAAGACCCUCAAGAUGACCGUGGUCAUCGUGCUUGCCUACGUGGUGUGCUGGUCCCCCUUCUUCACCGUCCAACUGUGGUCCGCGUGGGACCCGAAUGCGCCCAAAGAAACUGCCACCUUCACCAUCCUGAUGUUGCUGGCCAGUCUCAACAGCUGCGCCAACCCCCUCAUCUACCUCCUCUUCAGCGGUCCGCUUCCUCGGAGGCUCCUCGAGCCGGUUUGCCGGCGGCGCUCCUUCAACAAGGACUCCACGCACGACGAGGCCACGCUGGUCAGCGCCUUCUACACCAGUUUCAAACACCUCACAAACGACAACUGAAGGAAGGGCGAAGACGGGCAGCCGAUGACGCCUGCCGCGUACCGUGCGGACGCCGAUCCUCCGGGGUCUCUGGACUGGAACGAUAUCAUUUGUCAGUUACACGAGAUAUGUUAAAUACGGCACUUCUCGGCCAAGCACGAGUGGGUGGUCCGCGUGGAGAACUGCGUUCCAGAUGCAGGAUGCUGGACAAUAACAAUCCCGAGAAGAGAGG